AGAUGUUUAACGUACCGCAAUCUUAUAACUAUUGUACAAAACAUUUUAUAAAACUGUGCCGGUUAUUUAGCAUGAUUCUUUCGUUUCCAGCAAAAGCACAUCAAAUAAGACAUAAGACUAAUUUCAUAAAAAUCAGAGGUAAUCUAAGUAAUUGGGUAUCCUAGAUAAUCAUCAAAUUAACAACUAAGGAAAUCUAUCUUAAUUAUGCGAUAUUGCAACGUGAGGAUGGUAACCAAAAACUUUCUUUACACUGAGAAUAAAACAGCUAAAUUGGAAAACAAUUGUGAAAUUCAUGAUGUAAUUGGUCCUCCUGAUCCAAUUUCAAAUCUAAGACCUGUUGUAUUUGCCAGUUCUAUAAAAGAAACACACUUAGAAAAAAGAUAUAGAGAGUUUAGAAAAGAGACGCAACAAUGGAAUCAAAUAUUCUGGUCCAAGCAUAAUACUAAUUUUAUUGAGGAACGUAACCAAUUUCAACAGCUGUUAAAAGUACAAGGGAGAAAAACAUUAACUGCAGAUGAUAUGUCAGUAUUUUAUAAAUUAUUUUUAGAUAAAAAUUGGCAAUCUCAUUUCGAUUAUAAUAUUACAUGGUAUAAGAAAAAUAUAAAAAUUCUAUUUUUUGGAAUAGCAGCAAAAAUAUCAAAGCUUACAUUUAAAUGAAUUUGUAUAAUUAA